UUCAUUUGUCAUCACACUUAUCAACUAUUAUCAGCAGAGAGAUACAAAGAAGAGAAAGAAAGAGAGCAAUUCAAUUGAACUCAAAUAGUGAUGGCUAGUUGCAACAUGGCAUCAGCUGCAUCUGGAUUUGUGCUGUCAGCCGGCAACGUAAUCUCUUCGUCUUCCUCUUCGAGAGUCACUUCUACGGUGAUGUUCCCUUCAAGGUUCAGCAACAACAAUAAUGGUGGUUCUUUUAACAGGCUUGUUGUGAGGGCUGAAGACGAAGCUGCUGCUGCUUCUGCUGCACCUGCAACUGCAACACCACCGGCUGAAGGUGAAGCUGCUGCUGUUCCGAAAUCAAAGCCACCUCCAAUUGGCCCCAAAAGAGGAACUAAGGUGAAGAUUCUUAGGAAAGAAUCGUACUGGUACAAAGGCUAUGGUUCUGUUGUUGCUGUUGAUCAGGACCCCAAGACUCGCUACCCUGUUGUGGUUCGGUUCAACAAAGUUAAUUAUGCAAAUGUAUCAACAAACAAUUAUGCACUGGAUGAGAUUGAAGAAGUUGCAUGAUUUCAUUUUAAGUUUGUAAUUUUGACAAUUGUCAUCAUGCUAUUGCAGCAAUUAGUUUAAGAAUUUUUCAUCUCAAAAGAAAAAAAAAUUAUGUAUCAUAUUUUCUCUUAUAUCCAUCACCUCUAGUCCUUAUAAAUUA